GCCAGCCACAGGAGAACAGCAGCUCCUGGCCUGUGGAAAGACAGAAACACUCAGACAUGGUUAUGUACAAACCCCCCCACCGUCUAAUUCUAACCAGGAAGAUCAACGUGAGGCUCCGCUCUGCAGUUGUUGUGUCUUGUUUUGACUGCAGCUGUUUACCUCUUACCAUUUCAUAACUCAUAAUUAUCCGUCCCGACCCAGGGCUCCGCGCAUGUAAACACAGGCAGGCAUGCUCCCAUCUCUCCUGACAGGAUGCUUGCUUCAUCCACGUUUCUCAACAAAGAGGCUGAGAGCAUCCGUGAGUUUGAAAGACGAGCUUCUCAAGUGAUGUUUUUUCUCUCUGUCUCUUUUGUUCCUUGUCAUGCUGAGGCUUCAGCAUGUUUCCUUUGUGAAGUUCAGAGCGUAAAAGUGAGGAAGCUGCUCAGCUCUGUGCCGACAGCCAACUGACAGGAAGAAAGGAGGAAACUCUGCUACCACACCACAACUCCACAAAUACUCCUCCGCACUUUUUCUUCAGAAACCUCUUUCAGUCUCGGGUCGUCUGUGGAAACAGACACUAUACGCUGGCAAAAAGGGGGAACAAGAGCUUAAGCAGCCCUCCCCCUCCCUCCAGCUCACAAUAUCCUCUUUUGGACCAAACCAGCCUCCGGUUUUAUGUUAUCUCUUUGGUUUUAGUGUGGCUCGCUCACACACACACACACACACACACAAACACUUGUGUGAGGAUGAUUGCCCGGGCAGAUGGUGCUCAGUGCCUGGACUAGAGGCUGAGACGAAGCCAAGAGGGACAGACUCCUCGUCCAUCAUGGGAUGCUGCAGUGUGACCCAGAGGCAUACUGGAGUGGACGAGGUGGGCCCCGAUGAGAUCGAGCUCCUGGAACUCUCUGGAGACAACUUAGGGGUGUGGAGUCUGGGAGAAACCAGGCUGCAGUUGAGGAAGAGCAGCAGAGAUGAGCAGCAGCCACAGGCGCCGCCACUACCGCCCCCACGCUACCCUUCAGUACGACACCUGGAGCAAGAGAUGGUGCUGUGGGGCAGGAGCAGAGAUGAGCUGCACCAUCGGAUUUAUUCCCAGCAGCCCAUCAGAGGCUGGGAGGGUCAACCAGCCCACCUGUAUGGAGAGGUUAUCCACUCCUCUCUGGUGUCUCUCUACAACAGCUACACACAGGAAACCAGCGAACACUUCCUGGUGCUGUUCUCAUUCCACCUGCUGAUCCUCUCUCUGGACCACUCUCGACAGGACUUCAUCUAUCAGGGCAUCCUUCCUCUUUCUGGCCUCACCUUCCAGGCUGUCUCCCUGGAGCCCGACACAUCACAUUCACAGCACAUGUUUGAGAUCAACGGACCGAUGAUGGAUUCCAAGAUGUUCAUAUGUGACAGUGCUACAGCGUUACAGACAUGGACACAGCAAAUAGAAGACAGGAGAUACAAAUCAAUGACACAACCCAUGAGUCCCUCUCAUUGCACCCUCUCCUAUCUACUACCCUGUGAUAUGCCCUGGAAAAGAAAAGAACUGCUCAAAUACUUACUACAAGCUCCAAUAUGGCAGUGGGAGGGUUCACCCAUACAGCACAUGGGUCAGCCAGGAUACAUCUCGAUCAUCCAUAUCAUCAACUCACAGAGACAGGGACACCAAGAAAGACUGAUGGUUCUCUUCCCUCAAGACGUCCUGCUGCUGUCAGUUGACAACAAGCGGCUGAAUAUAAAAUACGAGGGCAGGUUGCCUCGACACAGCAUCAGGGCGGUGGAGCGCUCAGUCUUGCCCGGACGGCUGGAGUUUGAGCUGAUAGGUAAUCUGCACAGACCCGUGACUUUUGCAAUAUUUCAGUUAUUUCAUAUAAUCUGUUUUGUUUCAGGUGAUCUGGUGGAGCCCCUGCAGGUCUCUUGCACCUGUCUAGAGGAUUAUCAGAACUGGAUUUUUCAACUUCAACAGCCGGACAGAAGCAGCCACAUCUCUGUGAGUCCGGUUGCACCUCCAAUCAUGCCAAAGCUGCAGAGGAGCAGGAAGGAGUCUCAGGAGCCGUUUAUAACCGCUGACCAAUGUCACAUCAAUGGACGCAGCUGACUCAAGUUCACUGUAACACACUGUGUAGAUAGUAUGUACAUAUUACUUUUAUGUCUAAUUUCUGCUACAAAAUUGAAAUGAAAAUGUUCUGAAAUGUUCUCACCCUAAUUUUGAUGCAUGUGGUUUCCUCACAGAGGAGCUGAAAAAAUACUUUUAGUUCUUUCAUGUGGGGAUAAACUAAAAUGAGGCCAUGACCUGGAUUCUGAGCAGAUGAAGACAUUGUAGAGCUGUAGUGGUUUUAACAGCAACAGAACUGAUGCACAUUACUUUUGCAGAAUAAACUGUUUAAAAAAGCGUUCAAAUUCAUGACUUCAACACAACAUAGAAUGGAAAUGUUUUUAUUUCAGUGGUUAAACAUUUACAGUAGUGUUGAAAAAAUCAGUAAACAUCCAGUGUAUCACAGUAUCUAUAUUCACUGUGGUAUAUUAGAAAUCACUCUGACUGCAAAGUUUAUUACUAUGGAAUGUCAUAAUAUCUUUUCAUAUAUAAAUUACUGUUAAAAAAAGUAAAUGAACAAUGUUCUACUCUUUAUACAUGAGGCCAUCUACAGAAAAGUACAUUUACAUCAAGAAUCUCCUUAGAGAACAACCAGCUAGAGGAGUAUAAAUACAUACGCAGCCAUAGCAACCACUUAAAUUACAACUAACAACUUAGACAAAGAAAAAAAAGUUGGGUUAUAAAUAUUUAAUGUGCCACUGCUAGAGUUUACAUUUGAUUGUUGAUUAUAGUGGUUCAUUUACAACAAAUUUAGCACAGUUACACUGCGCUAUUGAUCAUUUGGGGAUUUUUACACUAAUGAUAUAAAGACCUAAAUUCAACUUAGUGCUAUUGUUUACUGUUUUAUUAGUGUAACGCAAUGACAUCAACCUUCACUGAACUGCUGCUUAACUAAUCUGUACUCUUGAAGCUACAUUUGCACAUUUUGAAUUUGGUAUUAUUUUUUUCACUUUAAAUGACAAGGCUUGUCUUAUUAUAACUAAUUAUUCUGUGGUGAACAAAUGUGUUGGUCAAUUUAUUUUACUUUUUCAGUUCCUCAGGCCAGAAUUUGUUUUUCAGCACCAAGCCCAUUUUAUCCUGCCAGGUGCUACAUGCUUUUAAAAACAGACAUGAGCAUAUAUCUUAAUUUUUUUUUUCAUGAAUCACUAAAAUAGUUUGGAACUGAAGUUUUUACCGAAUGUUACUUCAACCUGAACAGUGAAUGUGUUGGGGACUAUAGUCAGUGGCAGAUUAAUAUAUAUUUCAAGCUCUAGUCAGUAUUUACAACAGUAGGAUGGUGUGAAGUCCCAGUAGUAACUUUAUGAAGCAGAAGAAUAAGCUCUGAUAGACAAUACUUGUCAGUAGGAUCGAUUUAUUUUUGUGCUUUGGUCUUUUCAUGGAGUUUAAAAAUAUACACUUUAACAUCCUAUUAGGUCAUUGAAAGUAUUUGUGUAGUGCAGCCUUUUAAAGAGACAGUCAGACAUUACUGCUUCAGUAUAAUUGUUUAAAAAAAAAAA